UCAAACAAUAUCAUCCGAAUGUAUUAUCGGUAACAUUCGAUAACAACUGUACAAUCAUCGUGUGGUACGGGUCGCCUGACUCUCUAUACGCGCAUUGUUGAUGGCGUAUUAUUUAUAAAAGUGUUUAGAAGGAAAUUCAUACCUAUACCUAGUGACCGCGUUCGAUGCACAGUUGAUCCCAGAACCGAUGCCGGUGUAUGAAUACCGUUCAAAACAUGUCGUGAGCUUUUAGUAUAAUUAAAAACAUUGCACAAGAUCGAAAUAAGUCUAUUUCCCGAUUAUACCAACCGCGACCACCGCGUGCAGUAGUAAAAUGGCUGCCGAGAAACGUCAAUACAUUUUAUAUCAAUAACAAGCUGUCGUUGUAAAUAAUCGCGGCAAGGGAGAUUGCAAUAAAACGGAUGCCGUUCAAUUAACGUUUCAAUUUUCUUUUUUUUCAUAAACGUGUGUGCGUGAAAGGGGUGCGUGUGAACCGAAAAUGGCAGAAUUUGUGCGUGGAGGCCCGAGCGUGUCGAACAGUGCUAAGAUGGAUCACAAUAGUAAAGGAGGAUCGCCUAGCACUGGCAGCGAAGAUGGUGGACAGAAUGAGUCUAUGAAUGCAGAAAAUGAAUUUGACCCGUUUCUUGAAAAUAUUCCAGAUGAUAUACAGGAUGCAGAGGAACCUGACAGUGCUAACGCAAUAAUAUUAACAGCUCCCCCGGAAAAUCAGUGGUAUCAUGGUAGAUUAGAUAGAUUUACAGCAGAGGAAAGAUUGUGGGAUGCGAAUAAAAUGGGUAGUUAUCUAGUGCGUGAAAGCGAUAGAAAACCUGGGAGUUACGUGUUGUCUUACUUAGGAAGAACUGGCAUUAAUCACUUUAGAAUAACUGCUGUGUGUGGAGAUUAUUAUAUUGGUGGUAGACAAUUCAAUAGUUUGUCAGACCUUGUUGCAUAUUAUACUCAUUGCUCUGAUCUUCUGAAGAGAGAAAGACUUAUGCAUCCUACUCCACCCCCUGAACCAGUGAACGAUAAGAAACGAAUUGUCGCAAUACUGCCAUACACGAAAAUGCCUGACACAGAUGAAUUAAGUUUUCAAAAGGGUGAUAUAUUUUUUGUCCAUAAUGAUAUGGGGGAUGGUUGGCUAUGGGUUACUGCCCACAGAACAGGAGAACAGGGCUUGAUUUUUCGUGAAUUAGUGGAGGACUUAGACGAUUCUAUUGACCCCAAUACCGUUUUCUCUUGGUUCCAUCCUAACGUCACCAAAAGUGAAGCAGUUGAUAUGUUAGUGAAAGCAGGCCCUGGAAGCUUCCUUGUCAGACCGUCGGACAAUAGUCCAGGAGAUUAUUCACUUUUCUUUCACAUAAACAAUCAAAUUCAAAGAUUUAGGAUCGAGAAAAAGGGAGUACGUUACCUCAUGGGUGGCAGGACUUUCGAAUGUCUCGACGCUGUGAUCAAUAGGUAUCGAAAGGAGCAAAUAGUCGAAGGUCAUACCUUGGUUCAAGCGAUGGUAACGGAACCCGAUGGCAGUGUAAGAGUCAAUAGAGAAGUGCAACAUGCUGAAAAGAUAUACGCAACUCUCAGAGAAUGUCGCGAACAGUCUGGCGCGAAGAAAAAUAAAGGAAUAAAAAUGCAAGGGUAUCUAGAAAAGAAAUCUGAGAAAAAUAAGAAGUGGAAAGCACUGUAUUUUGUACUUUUAGUAGACGCUACAGAUACGCACUUGUAUUUGUAUGACAAUCCAAAAAGGACCAAACCUAAAGGUCUCAUAGAUUUAAGCUGUGCUUAUUUAUAUCAGGUCCAUGAAAGUGUAUUCGAUCGACCUCAUUGCUUUCAAUUAGUUGAACGUGCUUUACCAUGUUUGGCCACGAUAACAUACUUGGCAGCUCCAAACUCAGAGAAUGCUUUAGAUUGGAUUAAUGCCUUAAAACCAUUAUGUGUAUCACAACUGACACGUGCUCCGAAGGUUGCCCGACUUCGUGAAUUGCGUUCAUUACAUCUCCAUAUUUUAGACGCACAUAGACUUCCAUAUAAACUAGUACCGAACCCCUUCAUCAUAGUGGCUCUCAAUAAUGUAAAAGUAGCUCGCACCAAGGUUAAGACUGGUUUACAUCCGCUCUGGGACGAAGAAUUCAUUCUGGAGGAUGUACCGCCCGAUGUUAUGUCGUUCUCCUUAACGCUGUAUAACAAAGGUAAACGCAGCAAAGAUACAGAGGUCGCAGAAUUGACCGUUGAACUCGCGAGCUUAACAAACGGCGAAGAGAUGGAUGAGUGGUAUCCAUUAUCAGGAGUUACUCCUAUAGGAGAGUGGGGUGUGCUACGUUUACGUAUAAGAUACCGACACGACUUGGCGAUGCCUCCAGACGAAUACAGUCCAUUGCAACAAUUGUUAUUAGAUCCAGAAUUACAUGUUGUUAGGGCAUUAGCGGAUGUGUGUCAUUUGGAUAGAGUACCACUGGCAAAUAGUUUACUUAGAAUAUUUAGGCACGAAAGAAAAGAAGCCGAUCUGUUGAGAUCUCUGAACCAAACGGAAGUAGACAAAGAAGAUGAAACGCCAACAUUGUUUAGAGCUGCCAGCCUUACAACUACUUUAAUGGAUUUAUACAUGAAAUCAGUUUGUACCUCGUUUUUAAAGGCCGCCUUACGCGACACGAUAGUGAAAUUGAUUGAAAGUAAACAAAGCUGUGAAUUAAAUCCAACCAAAAUGGAUUCUCCGGAAGAUGCAUGUAGCAACGCUGAAUUUUUGCUGCAGGUUCUAGAUGAAGUAACAUUGAGCAUUUUUACGAGUCCCGACGCUUGUCCAAGGACUCUCAGAUAUAUUUGUGGAUGCUUGCAAAGAGCAGUCGUUGCCAAAUGGCCCCACGAGAGACUAGUCAGAACGCGAGUAGUCAGUGGAUUUAUAUUUCUACGUUUACUCUGCCCUGCCAUAUUAAAUCCUAGGUCAUUUAAUUUAAUAGCUGAACCACCACCUCCAGCCGCUGCAAGAUCGUUAGUAAUGGUUGCAAAAUGUUUACAAAAUUUGGCAAAUUUGGUAGAAUUUGGCGGUAAAGAGCCAUACAUGGAAGUGGUAAAUCCAUUUAUUCUCAAAAACAAGGAACGAAUGGUUGUCUUUCUUGAUCAGUUAUCUAACGUAACCGAGAAACCAGAGUCAGAAGGUGCAGAUCCAAGAAACAAGAGUUGCAUAUCAGACACAGCAAGGGAUUUGGCCACGUUACAUCAUAUUUGUGUUUCACACUUGAAAGAGUUACAAGUUCUAUCAAAAACUCAGCCAACAAUAAAACAGUUGGUGACUGUAACUGAAAUGUUAAGCAAACAUAAACAAAAAUAUAUGGAAAUGAUACGGUAGUGCUAAAGCUAUACGCCAUGAACAAUGCCAAACGUAACAAAACAAUUCAUAAGAUUUGAUGACAGAUACGCAGUAGUAUUUAAUAAUAAUUAUUAAGUGAUUUAAGUAAUUAAACGUACAGACUGACGUGCCAUAUAUAUUAUUGUAUACACACAAGCCUACAUUUACCAUUUCGUAUGUAAUUAGAAGAUAGCUUAUACGUAUAGUAAACAGUAACAUGACAGUGAUAUAGUGACAUACAGAAUCAUAUAGGCGUAUAACGAUUUUAUAUUUACCUAGGUGCUCGAAAAUAAAUACAAAUUAAACCAAAAA